GUGUGAAACCUUACUGUUUCUCUUCUCCCCGCAGAUGAGCGGAGCGCGCCGCGUGUACAGCAGCUGUUCGCGGACAUGAAGCUGGAGGUUUUCUCUGUCGCCGCGAUGCCGCCGGACUCGCCGCUGUCCGGCGAGGACGAGCUGGGCUCGGACGGAGACUUCGCCGCGUGCAGUCCAGCAGCGGCACCGGCACUGGCGCCAUCCGAGGAGGCGGAGGUGUCGCGCGCCCCAGACAGCAAGCCUAAGGCGUACGCGCGCAGACCGAAGCCGCCGUACUCGUACAUCGCCCUGAUCGCGAUGGCCAUCCGGGACUCGGGCUCGGGGCGCCUCACUCUGGCCGAGAUCAACGACUACCUGAUGAAGAAGUUCCCGUUUUUCCGCGGCAGCUACACGGGCUGGCGCAACUCGGUGCGCCACAACCUGUCGCUCAACGACUGCUUCCUCAAGGUGCUGCGCGACCCCUCGCGCCCCUGGGGCAAGGACAACUACUGGAUGCUGAACCCGCACAGCGAGUACACGUUCGCGGACGGCGUGUUCCGCCGCAGGAGGAAGCGCAUCAGCAAGAAGCCUGCCAGGGUCUCCGGGCCGCGGGAGCGCGCGCUGGAACACGCUCCCAGGGACAGCGCGGGCGCGCGCUUCACCGGCCCCUUCGCCAUCGAGAGCAUCCUCAGCAAGCCGUCGUUCAGGCGCAGGGAGCGCGCGGAGGACUGCGCCGGACUGACGUCACAAUUCACGCCGUUUCUCGUGAACUGCCCGGCGCUCCACGCGCCUUUCGCCGCUCUCGCGCCACAGCCGGCCUUUCUGAGCGCUGCGCGAUACCACGCUCCCUACAGCGCGCCGCCUGAGGCUCCCUACCACCCCUUCAGAAUCGACUCUCUGCUGUCCUGAGGAUGCAUACACAAACGCGCGCCUGCACGCGCGCACAUGCACAGCCAGUAUAUCACACAUGCUAAAUCUAGUUGCGUGAGAAAGUCACAUCAGAGGCGCUGAGGAGACCAGAACGCGCACAGACUCUCAGAAUAAAAAGGUAUUGAAGUGUCACUGGGGUCGUACCGUAACUGUGCCAUCAUACAUUGUGAAUAUAUACAUUUUAAGCUACAUUGACUCUCUAUGUCACAUCUUGAGUCCAGGCUUUUUGUAUGUAUUUUUCAGUUUUAAAUGUGAGGUUAUGAACAGCUGUCUCCAUGGGAAAGAGAAUAUGAUGUACCUUUACAGCUCAUUUACUUUAAGGCCGUUGUUGUACCUUUAAGGGUACGCUUCACACUGUUUGUACCUUGGUAAACUAAAAUGUACCUGACAGUGUACACUCAAAUACAAGAGAACUCUAUUCGCAUGAGAAAGUUACCCACCUACCCAGCCACUCACCUGUUCUGUGCACUUUUCCUGUCGUGGUUUUUGGACGCUGUGCUCUAACACGAUCUCUCCACUUCAUCACUCAAACAGUCUGUGGAUCAUCAUUGCUGUAUGUGCUGUGCGCUGUUAACGCGCUGAUUCCUGUGUGUUUGGUACUGAUUUCAUUUCCAUUCUGUAAAAUAAUGUAUGAGAAAAGUAUGGUUUAAUAUAUGUAUGUAUUUAAGUGUAUAUAGUUUGUAAUAGUGAUGUUGUUGGUCAUACAUCUUUCUUAAUGUGGGUGUAAACAUGUUUUGGUCGUCGGCGAGCGCGCGCGUUUUAGUUGCAGCGCUGCGGACAGACCGAGCUGCUCAGAGAGGAGAGAGAGAGGAGAGAGAGGAGUUCAGACUGGACCUCUGUUAAUAAAGAGAGAGAAGCUGAUGCAGCGGA